UAGCGGCAAGUGAAGCAAACAAGUUAAAGGCGUAGAAGAACAGGGUGUAUAAUUGCAAGCAAUGUACUGAAAUAUAGAUGUAACAAGAAGUUAAAAGACUGAAUCACGGAAGGAGAAAUAAGCGAGAACAGACGCCUGUUGCCUAUUUGAAGACAUCGCUUGAACCGAACAGCCGCGUAGUCAUUUAAUGCUGGACAAAUAUCAAUAGUUGGUUAACCAACUACCUUUUAACUGUUCACUAGUCUUUAGCCAAUUUUUCUUACCGGCUCGCCAAUGCUUUUGCAUCAGUUCAUGAACGGAGGCCUGGAAGUGAUGCAUUCUACAUCAAUUCAAAAAGACACUACUUUUACAAAGAUUUUCGUUGGUGGUUUGCCCUACCACACUAACGAUGCUUCCUUGAGAAAGUAUUUUGAGGCCUUUGGCGAUAUCGACGAGGCGGUGGUGAUAACGGACAGACAGACGGGGAAAUCCAGAGGAUAUGGCUUUGUGACAAUGCUAGAUCAGGGAGCAGCAGAGAGGGCCUGUAAAGACCCCAACCCCAUCAUUGACGGGCGCAAGGCCAACGUAAACCUGGCUUACAUAGGUGCCAAGCCCCGCGGUAUGCAGAUAGGUGAGCCGACCAGGGGUUGGCCCAGCAGUAUGUGUACCCCCAGGCCUACCUUCAGCCCAGCCUGGUGCUCCCUUCUCAGGUGUCCUCCUCUGUCAGCUCCCCCUACCUGGACUACAGUGCUGCUUACACCCAGUACGCCCAGGCCGCAUUCGAGCAUUACCCCUACGCCGCCUCCCCAGGGUUCCUGGGCUACGGCUACACCCCCAGCCCUGCCACCACCCCCUCCCAGGCCUCCGCCCCAGCCACUAUUCACCAGACCCUCCCCACAGGGGCAGGCCCAGGACCCGCCUUCCUGCAGUACGUCCCCCAGCAGCACGUUCAGCCAGACCGCAUGCAGUGAGGAGAGGCAGGAUGCAAGGAGUCCUAUAGGCCUGGGGCGUCACCCUGGACUGCCCAUGCCACAGCCAGGGCUUUCAGGGAAUGGGCUGAGGGACUAUUGCAUGGUACCAUCAGGAUGAGCCCCCUCAUGGGUCUUGGGAGGGUUUUGAUGACCGGAUGGGAGGCUAGAAUUAAACGUGUGGUCACUGAGGGCUUCCAGAUGCAGACACUUGAUUUUUUUAUUAUUAUUACUGUCUAUCUUUAUUGUAUCAGUGUUAGUAUCUUAUUAAUGUAAUUAUUAUAUUUUGUUUCAACAAAAAAACGCUACAUACUUGUAUUUGAAGAGGGCGAAGGGGGGGGGGCUUACCUGGACAUUGACCCCUCACCCCCCUCGUCUUUGCCAGGGCAUGGGUUAAGUGAAGGCACUGCUGCUUGGAUACAUAGUGGUUGGGCAUUGGGUGAGAGGCACAGUGCCAACUGUUUCCAUCCACACCAGAGGCGAGGACUCAGCUGUCCGAUACACCCCCAGUGUUACUGGUCCUGCACCAUGGUGGUCGUGGUUCUCUCUGGGCCUUUCAGAGGUCAUCAAGGACUAAAUGGAGAGCGGAGAUUCUGGGAUCCCCCCCCCCCCCCCUUCUCCGAGACUGUGAAAUUGUUAAAGUCAGGACUACAUUUCUUUUUUAUUAAAGAGGCCUUAACUCCUAUUUUUACAACACUUCCUUUUAACCCCUUAACUCAGCUAACAGGGAGAGUCCUUACUCAUUUUCACAUGGCCUGGGCUCUUCAUAUUUAUACCAGAUACUCUUGUAGUCUAUUGGCUCACUUUGUCUUGAUUAUUAGAUACUGAAGUAGAUGGUCAUAUGCAGGAAGUGGGAGGAGGGGGUCAAAGAGCAUUGGGCGUUGACGUGCAAGGUAGCUGACACCGAUACCCACUACCUGUUUAUUUUGUCUAACUGUUCAUUUAAGAUUGUCAAAUGUUGAUCUCUCAAAGGACAUUCAUGUACAGUAUUUUUAAAUGUUUCCAUUAUCAAGUACAUUUAUUAUACUAUAUUUAUGUUUAGGUAUUUAUAGGAAAUUCUAAGUUAAUCAUUUUUUGUAACUUGGUCUAAAUAGUUGCAGCACUGAAGUCCUAUAACUUGGUAAGUGUAUGUGCAAAUCCACAAAUGUGUCUUUAUUCAUUUGAUGGACAUUUUUUGUUUUCCAUUUUUCCUGGGAACCCAUUGGGUUUACCUGUAUGCACAACUCUAGAUGCUUUAGUUUCUCCGGCUGCUGGCUGGGAUCAGACUCUGUUUAAGAAAAAUGUCAUUUCCAGUCCCUUCAAAGAAGCCAUACCAAAAAAAAUCUUUAAAAAUAAAGAAUUUGUAUUUAUAAAAAAAA